AUGGCCUACAGUCAAGGAGUCUGCUAUUACUAUGAUGGUGAUAUUGGAAAUUAUUAUUAUGGACAGGGUCAUCCCAUGAAACCUCAUAAGAUCCACAUGACCCAUAACUUGCUGCUAAAUUACGGCUUAUAUAGAAAAAUGGAAAUGGAAAUAUAUAGGCCCCAUAAAGCCACUGCUGAAGAAAUGACAAAAUACCACAGUGAUGAGUACAUCAAAUUUCUACGUUCAAUAAGACCAGAUAACAUGUCUGAGUAUAGUAAGCAGAUGCCGAGACUUAAUGUUGGAGAGGACUGUCCAGUGUUUGAUGGACUUUUUGCGUUUUGUCAGCUUUCAACUGGUGGCUCAGUUGCUGGUGCUAUGAAGUUAAACUGA